GGCGGCGAGGUUCGAGCGUGUUUACUCGACAAGCGUUUUAAUCAAAAGUAACAUUUUCUGCACGACCAACAUGCAGAAGAUCGAUACGGAGACUUUUAUAACUGAAAUAAGGAAUCGCCCGCCAAUUUGGUGCUCUACAAACGCACAAUAUAAAAAUAAAAACGUAGUAAGAAAAAAGUGGGACGAAAUAUGGAAGCUAUUCCCAGGAUUAAAAGUGGCAGAUUUAAAAAAGAAAUGGAAAAACUUACGAGACCAUUACCGCAAGGAAUUAAAAAGAUGUUCUGUUAGCGGAUCAGGUGACCCGGACGGAGAUAGGUACGAGUCAAGUUGGAAAUAUUUUCCCAAUAUGAGCUUCACUAAAGACGAAUUAAUGCCGGUAAUUUGCGAAGUUAAUGUGAAACAAGAAGAACAGGACAGUGAAGAUGAUAACAACAGCGCUAGUGCAGAGGAAGAAUACACAGAAACAAGCGUAGAAUGUAAGCGAGAAUCAAACACGGAACAAAUAGUAAAUGAAAGAAAACGUACAGCUCAAGAUCUUAGACAAGAAUAUUUAGAAAUUGAGAAGAAAAAAUUGAAAUUAUUAGAAAAUGAAUCACAACGUCACAGAACAGAUGAAUUUUCUAAAUCCCAGGAUUAUCACUUUUUAAUGAGUCUUUUACCAGAAAUUGAAAAACUUCCACUUGUAAACAAAUUUAGAUUGCGUAACAGAUUUAAUGAUGUGCUCCUCGAAGAGUUACACUCUAUUGUUAUUAGUCCAAAUUAUCCGACUGAUUAGAACCAACCUUCCACUCGUUACUCGCCUAAUAUUUCGUGUCCAAUCUUUUCUGAUUG